AUGUUAGCUAGUUUAUCAACGACCAAUCUAACAGAAGAAGUUCUAUCGUUUCGCAAUGACGCAUUUUAUAAUUUGGUGGAAGAACAAUGUGGUAGUGUGGCUCUUGAGAUUAUGAAAGCACAAGAUAUCUCAUCGGUUGAAUGUCUUCUUGAGAUCAACAACAUCUUUACUUUCUUAGAACUUGAUUCAGACGAUCUCAUUCACUUGAAGAGAAAAGCAGGAAUUUAUAUCAAUGGUGGUAGUUAUAUGCUGAAGAAAGGAAUAAUGUACAGGGUUGAAAAUUUUCUUCGUUCUCUUCGUACUCUAAAUCAACAGUAUUCAAUUGCUAACCUCCAUCACAAUUCCUUUGCUUCAUCUGAUGUAAUUAUUUCUAAUGAUGUUUUACAAAGAUUUCCAUUUAUUCGAACAAUUAUUACCUAUGAAAAACUCAUUAUGUCCAGCAAAAUUGAUUUAACAUUUUUAAAUAUUAUUUUAAAGAAUAUAUUCAACAAUUUAAUCAGUGAUGAAAGGGGUUACCGCUAUGAUAAUAUUGUUCGUCAAUUUGCAGCCAGCAUUUAUAUUCUUGGAGGUCGUACAACGUAUGAUUUUUUACGUUUAAAUAUUCCUGCACGUCUUCCAAGUGUACAAAUCAUUCAAUCGUAUAUUGCUGCUGCAGAAAACCGUUUAACUGAAGGAUUAUUUAAUUAUUAUCGUAUUCGUGAUCAUUUUAAUUUAAAUCAAUCAACAUUAGGUUUUUGUGCUGAAGAUUGUACAGCAGUUGUUCCAAAAAUUACAUAUGAUACUUUGUCAAAUUCAUUCAUUGGUUUUGCACGUCCACUCAAUGCUAAUGGAAUUCCUGUUGCUGACUCAUUCUCGACAGAAUUAUUCGCUCGUUUCGAAUAUUGGACUUCGACUUUAUCAUCAACUAAAUUAUUAAACGCUUUUGUCAUUCAACCGCUUUCAUCUACAUCCAACCAUAUCUCGCCUUAUCUACUUGCUGCUUUCGGAACAGACGGCAAGUUUACAGCAGCAGAUGUUUUAUCUCGUUGGCAUCAUAUUUAUCAAGAAUCCAAAAAAAAAGAUGUUCGCAUCAUAGGUUUUUCAACUGAUUACGACAUUCGGCAUUUACUUGCUAUGAAAGCAACACUAGGAUUCUUUGCACAUUUUGUCUUCGUUGAUCAUCCAGAUUUAUUUUCAAUUGAUCUUCCAAUGACGUGGUCUUGGUUUUUCAUGCAGCACGAAAUACUAUUUGUAUGUAUGCAGGAUGCAACUCAUAUUUGUACUAAACUUAGAAAUCGACUUCUUUUGACAAAAGCAACACUUCUUUUCGGUACUCAGUUAAUUAAUAUUGAUCGUCUUCUUUAUCUUAUCGACAACUUUUCAAAAUUCGAUCAUGGGCUUGUUCGUUCAGAUGUAAAUCCAAAGGAUAGACAGAAUUAUAGUUCAGCAGCAAAAAUUUCCAAUGAUAAUGUUCUCAGUAUACUUGAACAAGUUCCAAAUUCUAUUGGUAUCCGUAUUUAUUUGCAGGUAUUUAACAACAACUCUAUUAAAUUAGACAGGAAUUUUUCAUUCUCUUUGAACCUAACAUGA